GACAAACAACUGAUACAGAUCACUUCCUCAUUCCGAGUGGUGGAACUUUUAAAGCGUUUAAAACUGUGCACCCGUUACACUUGUCCAGACCGGCAGCGAGAGAGUCGUCUGGUUGUGUGUCUGCAUGCUAGAGGAGGCUGCUCUGAAAAGACUUGUCUUCUGUCCCGUGAAGCCUAAUAAGGGUCUCUAGAGCAGGCAUUGUGCACGACCCUUCAAACAAUCAAGAUGAAGAGAAGGGAUACGCCCCUUCACAAGCAGCAGUCUUCACCAUGCUUAGGGAAAGGUGAGAACAUACUCCUGCAGGGUUUUACCUUCCAUUAUACGCCUCGGGCUACAAUUGUCCCUUGAGAGUUGCUGCCAACUUCAUCGCUUUUAAGAGAGCUACAAAAAUUGUGAAAUAGUGAAAUUGUAUAGUUUUAUGUCAAAAACUUUAGACCCUCAACCCCGACGGAACCCAGAGACACUCCUGUCCAGUCCAGUGUAGUAUGAACAUCGUCUACACAUUCAUAAUAAUAAAGUACCAAUAGUCUCACGUAUACCACCGUUCACCAUGCAUCUGUUGACAGUGUUGCUAAAUCAGAGUGUCCCUCCAUCGUUGGUGCUGGACAAGGACUAAACAGAACCACCCCACUUAACAUUAUUGUAUUAUCACAGUACUAAAUACUGAGCAGGAAACAGUUUCCGUUUCAGCAACAUGAAGAGCUACAAUGACCGUGUAGAGUUUUCAUCAAAUAAUAACACAGAACUGUAAGAAAAAGCCCGGACCAAUGGCUUUGUGAACGCAUCAUUUUGGGACAUCGGGUAAAAGUUUUACGACCCCCAUUUCUCAGUGAGAAGACGGACACUCCUCCUUUAGACAUGUUUUGCUUUCACUUUGUUUCAGUCAGAUCUUGGAUUGAGUUAUUUUGGAUACAAGGAUACACAGUUAUGAGUACUGACUUUACCUUUCAUCCCUCUGCACUGUAUUCAGAGUGAUAAUCUCUUUACAGUGUGAACCAUCCACAUGAGAUCACAGUAAAGCAUUUACUGUACAUGGCAUUAACUGUUUCUCUUAAACCGUUACCACAUUAAAGAAGUAAUAUUUCUUGUUAAAUACAUUUGUUUACAUGACUUUCUGCAGUUUAAAACAUUGACUGUAGCAGCGUGAACCCUUACAUGCUAGCUCCACCAUGGACAAUAGCUGGGACUGUUUGCUUUUGGUCUUUAAAUUACCUCAAUAAAAACUAUUUACAUUCCAUAUUUAAUCUCCAUGGUCCUUAAAUUCACAGUCAGUGGAUGAAGCUAUACUUAACUGUCAUUUGGGGAAAAUUAAGAUUUUUCAAAUGUAUUUCCCCGUGACUUUUAUAUCACCUUUAAGCGGUCGUAUAUCCCACCCCCUCCUCGUCGCCCCAGCGUCUCACAGAUAGCCGCUCACACGUUAGCAGCCAGUUGAGACGUACCAGCUUUGAUUAGCAGCCCCUGUUGCCAUGACGCUUUCAGCACCCUAAAAUAGGAGGUAGAGAGCGACACUCAAGACAACAACAACUAGCAGCUGCAUAAUACACACUGUGUCACCCGGACCACAUAAACAGAGGAGCAAGGCUUGACCGAGGCAGUAGGAGGGAAAAGCCAGGAGAGGAAGCGUCGUAGAGCCGAGAGAGCUGCGGGCACCAGACCUGAGGAGUCAUUUAGAAGUGGUCUCUGAGACAAAGACAGCUCAGAGCUUUAUAGUCUUAGAAGAGACCGGAGCCGACGCAUGACAGCUGAAAUACUUGACUCACCAGGCAGAGACCGAGAGAACCAAACAUGGCCAACAUCACAAAGGAAGAAAUGCCGCAGCUCUUCAAAAGACUGUCGAUGAACGAGGCGGAUGAGAAGGUACGCCUGCUGGCGGAGAAGGUGUACGCCUCGGCCCUGAAAGAGGAGGACACCAAUGACGCUCUGUCGCUGUUCAGCGUGCCGGAGGACUGUCCCAUCGGCCUGCAGGAGGACAGGGAGAGGGCGCUGCAGAAGGAGCUGGCAGCGCAGCAGUCUCAGGAGUCUACUAAGAAGAAGAAGAGUUUCAAGUUGAAGCGCUCGCAGACGGUGUCGUCGCAGAUACCCGGCGAUGGUAACUGGGCCCGCUCCCCAACGCUGGACUCAACCACACCAGAAGCUUUGCCCAGAGAGGACUCUCCAGACUUCCAGAGAGUGACCAUCAGUGGAGAUUACUGUGCAGGGAUCACAGUUGAGUAUUAUGAGCAGGCAGCCAAAAGUCUGCUUGGGGCUCUGUUCAUCAGAGAGAAGUACUCCAGACUGGCCUACCACACCUUCCCCAGGACCACCGCCCGGUUCCUCCGCAGCGCCGAAAAUGAGAAGUGGCGGGAGGAGGAUGAGAUCAUGCCAGACAUCUGGCCUUUCCCUCAUGAAGGGGAGGACCCGUACUCCAUGGAGGGUAUUCCUGAGGACCUGAACUACGAGCUGCAGAUGAAGGACGGCAUAGUUAAUGUUUACGACAACGCCGAGGCCCUGGAACAACAGCGGCCCCACAACCUCCCGUACCCCGACCUCGAGACCUUUGCCAUAGACCUGAGCCACGUCCUCGCAAUGAUAGCCGACGGCCCGACAAAAACCUACUGUCACAGACGGUUGAACUUCUUGGCCUCUAAAUUCUACCUCCAUGAAAUGAUGAAUGAAAUGGCCGAGCUAAAAGAGCUGAAAUGUGUUCCACACAGAGACUUCUACAACGUCAGAAAGGUGGACACGCAUAUACAUGCUGCUGCCUGCAUGAACCAGAAGCAUCUGCUGAAAUUCAUAAAGACCACAUACCAGACAGAGGCCGAUCGCGUGGUCUUGGAGAUGGCCGGUCAGAAGUUCACGCUGAAGGAAGUCUUCCACAAACUCAACAAGGACCCCUACGACCUCACCGUGGACUCUCUGGACGUGCACGCUGGAAGACAAACAUUUCAUCGCUUUGACAAGUUCAACUCCAAAUACAACCCAGUGGGAGCCAGCGAGCUGCGAGAGAUAUACUUGAAGACAGACAACUACAUCAAAGGAGAAUACUUUGCACGUCUCAUCAAGGAAGUGGCCAAAGAGCUGGAGGACAGCAAGUACCAGCACGCCGAGCCCCGUCUCUCCAUUUACGGCCGCUCUGCCAGCGAGUGGGAGAGCCUCGCAACCUGGUUCAUCCAGCAUAAGGUCCACUCACCCAACAUGAGGUGGAUGAUCCAAGUUCCCAGGAUCUAUGACAUUUUCAAGUCAAAGAAAUUAGUACCAAACUAUGCCAAGAUGCUGCAGAACAUUUUCCUCCCCCUCUUUGAGGCAACAGUGAAUCCCCAGAAGCACAAAGCAACUCAUGUGUUCUUGAAAUACGUGACAGGAUUUGACAGCGUAGAUGACGAGUCCAAACACAGUGACCACAUGUUCUCUUACAAAAGCCCAAAGCCUGAGGCGUGGACCACCGACGACAACCCUCCCUACACCUACUACCUGUUCUACAUGUACGCCAACAUCAUGGUGCUCAACAACCUGCGCAAGGAGCGAGGACUGAACACCUUCCAGUUUCGUCCCCACUGUGGCGAGGCCGGCUCCAUCACCCACCUGGUCUCUGCCUUCCUCACGUCUGACAACAUCUCCCACGGACUCAACCUCAAGAAGAGUCCAGUGUUGCAGUACCUGUACUACCUGGCCCAGGUCCCGAUAGCCAUGUCCCCACUGAGCAACAACAGCCUGUUCUUGCAGUACUCCAAGAACCCACUACGAGAGUUCCUCCAGAAAGGCCUGUGUGUGUCGCUGUCCACUGACGAUCCCAUGCAGUUCCACUACACCAAGGAGGCCCUGAUGGAGGAGUACGCCAUCGCAGCCCAGCUGUGGAAGCUGAGCACCUGUGACUUAUGCGAAAUAGCCAGAAACAGUGUGGUGCAGAGCGGACUCUCACAUCAGGAGAAGAAACACUUCAUUGGUCCAAACUACCGACAGGACGGACCGCAGGGCAACGACAUUCAGCGGACGAACGUGGCACAAAUCCGCAUGGCCUACCGCCACGAGACACUGUGCAACGAGCUCAGCUUUCUGGUGGACGCAGUGAAGACGGAUGGCACAAACCUAACUGAGUGAUUUACCCUACGCGAGCACAAACUGUGCCUGGAUAUAUCCACAGGGAUAAAAAAAUAUAUAUAUCGAAUGUUAGAUGACACGUCCAUUUUUUUUUACACAUUCUUAUUAAACUUUCUGACCCAGAUUUGAAAAAUCGGCUUCGUUUUAUUUUAUGUCGGUGCAGAAAUGUGUCGUCUUACGUGAUUGUUAGACCGUAUUGAAUGCUGCAUCUGUGACCUUUGCCCUCAAAUAAUUGGGAAAGAAGUUUAUUUCUUCUUUUGACGGGUGUGAAGUGCACUUGUGGAUUUGGAUAUAUGAAAGAUUUAGAACAACACAGUGAUUCAGAAGCUGAAUAUAAAAUGAAAAAUAGUUCUUAUAACCGCAGAGUCGGCAGUGAUUGGUGAAUGUUUUGUUUGUCACUUGUAUUUAUGCACGUUAGAAAGACCUUUAUCUGGACUAUAGGUAUUAAAUGAAAGAUAAGUGCAAGUGUGAGCGAGCUUUAAAACUAGUUUUGUGAGAACGUUGUGGUGAAAUCAGCAGCACAAAACCCUGUUGUACUCACAACUGUAAAAAAGACUACCUUGUAAUAAUUUUUCUUUUCUACGAUUGUCAUUUCUUAUAGAUUUUGAUAUGUAAAUAAAGGCUGCAAAACAGUCGA